AUGGUCAGUAGUAACCCACCACUGGUGAAAUAUUACGAAAUACCAGUGUCUGCGGAUUUGAUUAUGUAUCGGUAUAGCUUACGAAUUUUCAAAGACACCCCAAGUAUCUUGAACGAUUCAAUCGUACCCGAGAAAGCGAUGCAGGACUUCAUUGAACAUUCUGAGGGAGAUGCGAUGUUGAUAAGCGAUGAUGAUUCGUAUCAGGGGGGUACCAUAGAUGAGCCUGAGAACAUUCUGGCGUCGGCAAGCAGUGUCGGACUGUCCGAGAAUAGUGCUCUUCGAGAAUCUUCGGACUUUAUGAUCUGGAUAAGUGACGAUGGGUCACAGCACGAAGAUAAUUCACCAGAGGAUCAGAUUGAUCCUAUCAAACAGGAGGAUACCCCCUUCCUAAAUGCUCAAUCAACAGAAGCUUCAAUCGAGCCUUUGACCGUUCCAUUGACAAGUAUAGACGAGACGACAGCCAGCCAUACGCAGUCCCGCAGCCCUACUGGUAAUCGCGUCGAUCAAGUUGGCUUAUUUGUUUGUUGUGAAUUUAUGGCAAGACAUCGCCAAGGAUUCGGUGGCGAAGAGGGCAGCUUGUACAGGAAAGGCAAGGCUUAUGACAAAAUGAAAAGACGCCCACAGGAGCGUCUACAUGCGUUUAAAUUUGUCGAGCGGCUUCUGUUACAGGGAGUCCAAUUCGAAAGUAUGGAAGAAGUGUAUCAUACGCGAUUUGGGAAGCACCGCACUGCUAGGUCACUGAAGAGAUACCAGACUGACCAGCGCAGUAGACUAAAAACAAAGGGUCUUCUGGUACGGAAAACUGUCUCAUUCCCACUUUGA